CUCCUCCUCCCCGCCUACUCGCUCCCCCUUCCCCGCUCCCGCCCCAGCUCCUGCUCCCGAUCCCGCUCCCGCUCCGGGCCCGGCGCCCUGGCGCCGCUACGGGCUUAUUGUGGCGACUCGCCCCGCGGCGCUGCCUCUGCACUGAGGGUGGCGCCAGGGGCGCGGGCGUGCUCAGCCCCCACCGGCGCUCCGGCCGCCCCCGUCCUCCUCCCGCGCCGCCCCUCCCCCACGCGCGGGGCGCGCCCCUAGCCCUGCGUGCACGCGCGGCGGGCGGCAGGCGGGCGCCCGGCGCUCGGGCGUGUGCGAAGCGUGAGGUGGAGAUGGGGGCGGAGGGAGCCAGAGCUGUCACAGUCCCCGGGUGCGCCUGACCGAGCCGAGUGGGGUGUCAUGGCCGCGGGGGGCAGCGGCUGCACUUCCUCUGCGGGCGGCGGCGGCCGGGGAGUUAAUCCUCGACGCACGGGUCGGUCCCGUUUCCCUCUGUGCGGCGGCCGGCGGGACCAUAAGGGCUUAACUCAUAUAUUUAACCCCCCUCCAAAAAGGUUUGAAAGUAUUCUUGAAGGGCUGUUUGGACCUGCAUUAUUAAAAGAUCUCAGUUUAUUUAAAGACUGUGAACCUGAAAGCAUUUCUGAUUGGACUUUUGAUGAAAACUGUUUAUUCUGUUGCUUGAGAAGAGAUAAAGUAAAGGGACACUUAGUCGGUCUGGAUGAACCAGCUUCGGGAGCUGGGCAAGAAGCUCUGCUUAAACAAGAGCAAGCAAAAAUCAUUCGAUUCGAGAGACAAGCAGAAGAAUUCCUCAAUGCAGUCUUUUAUAGAAAAGACAGUCCCUGGGUCUCCGACCCCAAUAUUCCCCUAGUGGCCCGUGAGAUCAUGCAGCGAAUGAUCCAACAAUUUGCUGCUGAAUAUACCUCAAAAAAUAGCUCUACUCAGGACCCCAGCCAGCCCAAUAGCACAAAGAACCAAAGCCUGCCGAAAGCAUCUCCAGUCACCACUUCUCCCACGGCUGCAACUACUCAGAACCCUGUGCUCAGCAAACUUCUCAUGGCUGACCAAGACUCACCUCUGGACCUUACUGUCAGAAAGUCUCAGUCAGAACCUAGCGAACAAGACGGUGUACUUGAUCUGUCCACUAAGAAAAGUCCAUGUGCUGGCAGCACUUCCCUGAGCCACUCUCCAGGCUGCUCCAGUACUCAAGGGAACGGUGAGAACUCAACAGAGGCAAUAGCAGUAGAUUCUAACAAUCAGUCGAAGUCCCCACUGGAGAAGUUUAUGGUCAAGCUGUGUACUCAUCAUCAAAAGCAAUUCAUUCGUGUUCUGAACGACCUGUAUACUGAAUCUCAGCCAGGCACUGAGGACCUGCAGCCUUCUGAUUCUGGAGCAAUGGAUGUAUCCACUUGUAAUGCUAGCUGUGCCCAGCUAAGCACCAAACAUAAGGAAAAAGAUGCUCUGUGUCUCGAUAUGAAGUCUCCUGCUUCUAUAGAUUUGUUUGUAGACUCUCACAGCCCUCUACACUUGACGGAACAGACCACGAAGGAGCCUCCUCCUGAGACAAACUCUGUAGAUGGAAGAGAGAAUGCCUUGACUGUUGUCCAGAAAGAUUCCUCUGAACUUCCAACCACUAAACCGAAUUCUAUUAACAGCAGUUCAGUGGAUAGUUUCACUCCGGGAUACCUCACUGCAUCUAAUUCUUCCUCAGUGAACUUCCACCACAUCCCUAAAAGCUUGGAGGGGCAAACCACUGGACAGGAGCAAGACACAAAUGUGAACAUAUGUGAGGUUGGGAAAGACCAUAUGCAGAGUUCAGCUUUAGUAGAAAGUCUAAUUACAGUAAAAAUGGCAGCUGAGAAUAGUGAGGAGGGCAAUACCUGUAUUAUUCCUCCAAGAAAUUCGUUCAAAGCUUUAUCAGAAGAGGCUUGGGCCUCAGGGUUUUUGGGGAGCUCACCUAGAACUGCAGACAAAGAGAAUACUUUACAGUGUAGCUCAAAAACACCUUUACGUCAGGACUUAGAGGCAAAUGAACAAGACACAAGGCCAAAGCAAGAGAACCAUCUUCACUCGCUGGGAAGAAAUAAGGUGGGUUACCAUUUACAUCCCAGUGAUAAGGGCCAGUUUGAUCAUUCCAAAGAUGGUUGGUUAGGCCCCAGCCCGAUGCCAGCUGUUCACAAAGCGGCAAAUGGACACUCAAGAACCAAGAUGAUAUCAACCUCCAUUAAGACAGCUCGGAAAAGUAAAAGGGCAUCAGGGCUGAGAAUAAAUGAUUAUGAUAACCAGUGUGAUGUUGUUUAUAUCAGUCAACCAAUAACAGAAUGCCACUUUGAGAAUCAAAAAUCGAUAUUAUCUUCUCGGAAAACAGCCAGAAAGAGUACUCGAGGAUACUUUUUCAAUGGUGACUGUUGUGAGCUGCCAACUGUUCGCACACUAGCCAGAAAUUUACACUCCCAGGAAAAAGCUAGCUGCUCAGCGUUGGCAUCAGAGGCAGUUUUCACUCCUAAGAAGAUCAUUACAACUUCAGCCCCUAGACAUACAGUAGAUGUGCAGCUUCCCAGAGAAGACAGCCCUGAAGAACCUAGCAAGGAAAUAACCUCUCCUGAGGAAGGAGGUGGAGACGUUUCACCUGGAAAAGAACCUCAAGAGCCUGAGGUUUGCCCCACAGAGAUUAAGCCAAAUCUGAGCAGCUCCCCUCGGUCUGAGGAAACAACAGCCUCCAGCCUGGUGUGGCCUCUCCCUCCUCAACUUCCUGCAGAGGACCUGCCAGAAGAUGGCUCCACAGUCUCAGCUCCCACAAUAAGUGGGAUGUCUUCUGAACACGACCAACCACCACUUGCCCUGCUGGAUACGGAGGAGAUGAGCGUACCCCAGGACUGUCCCCUGCUUCCCUCUACUGAAAGCUUUUCUGGGGGAGGCAGUGAAGAUGUCAUUUCUAGGCCUCAUUCUCCUCCUGAAACAGUCAGUAGAGAAGAAAGUCCUCAGCGCUCAGAAAAUCAAAGUUCCCCACUGUGCUUGGAGCCUCCCAUGAGUCUGGACAAGGCUGAGGAUGACCAAAGCAUCAGUGCUGAGGUUGAGCCUGGAGAAACCCAGACGCUAGAUGUCGACCCACUCUUGAAGGAAAGCGGCACUUUUACUGAUGAAAAGCCCAGUGAAACUGAGGAAGGUGAGGCAGCAGGUGGUACAGGAAAAUUAGAGGGAGAGGAUGGUGAAACGAAAUGCCUGUCAGAAAAAGACACAUAUGAGCCAAGCACUGACUCACUCGAAGAGAAUUUGGACAAGAAGAAAAAAGGUAAAAAAUUCCUUGAGGCCUCUGAUAGGUGCCUAAGAAGUCAACUUUUGGAUUCUUCCUCUACUGACAGAUGCUUAAGAAAUCAAAGUUCAAAUUCUUCCUCAGCUUGUCUUGAAAUCAAGAUUUCUAAAAAUCCUGGUGCAAAACGUUCAAGAAAAGAAUGGCACCCUAGUGGGGCAACACCUGAGGGCCUUCCACCUGACGGUUUCCACACGGAAGCUCUGGAAGACACAGAAAAGCCAAGUGUCAGCGAAUGCCCGCCUAAGAAACAUGCCGAGCAGGAGGGUGAAAGCGGUGGGGUCAUCACCAGGCAGACUUUGAAAAACAUGCUGGGCAAAGAAGUCAAGGAGUUAGGAGGAGAGAUUUUCCCCAGCAAGGACCCCAUAACCACAGCUGGACAACCACUGCCUGGAGAGAGACUAGAAAUCUAUGUUGAGUCUAAAACAGAUGAGAAGAAUGCUCAUAUCCCCUCAGAACGUAUUCCUUGUAAGAGGGACCCAGAACAGGCAAAAGAAGAGCCAGGGCAUCUUCCCACACAGCAUGCGGAGGAGGCUGUGAAUGAGGCAGACAGAGAAAAUACACAGCAGAAAGAUGAUGACAGUGAUGCCCCAUGCAGCUCUCUUGGGUUGUCGAGUAGUGGAAGUGGUGAUGCUGCUAGGCCACCAAAAUUGGUGCCAAGGCCUAAAAGAUUGACCUCUUCAACCUACAACCUAAGACACGCUCAUUCUCUGGGCUCCUUGGAUGCUUCAAAAGUGACUUCAGAAAAGGAGGCUGCACAAGUAAACCCCCCAUUGCCAAAGGAAAACAGAGCUUCAGAGAGUGGAGAUCACCUAGAUGAAGAUGAUGUUGACACCGUGGUAGAUGAACAGCCAAAGUUUAUGGAAUGGUGUGCUGAGGAGGAGAACCAAGAGCUCAUCGCCAACUUCAAUGCCCAGUACAUGAAAGUUCAGAAGGGCUGGAUCCAGUUGGAGAAAGAAGGACAGCCAACACCAAGAGCAAGGAACAAAUCAGAUAAACUGAAGGAGAUUUGGAAAAGCAAGAAAAGGUCACGAAAAUGCAGGGGUGCUUUGGAGGGUCAGAAGUUUUCUCCUGUUCAGAUGCUGUUUAUGACAAACUUUAAAUUAUCUAAUGUUUGUAAAUGGUUCUUAGAGACAACUGAAACCCGGUCUCUAGUCAUUGUGAAGAAGCUCAAUACUCGUCUUCCAGGAGACGUUCCCCCUGUCAAGCAUCCACUUCAGAAAUACGCUCCUUCCAGCCUGUAUCCUAGUUCACUGCAGGCUGAACGCUUGAAAAAACACUUGAAGAAAUUUCCUGGAGCUACUCCUGCUAGGAAUAAUUGGAAAACGCAGAAGCUCUGGGCUAAAUUUCGAGAGAAUCCUGACCAGGUGGAGCCAGAGGAUGGCAGUGAUGUUAGCCCCAACCGUAAUUCUGAAGACAGCAUAGAGGAAGUCAAGGAAGAUAGAAACAGCCAUCCUCCAGCCAACCUGCCCACUCCAGCCAGUACUCGGAUUCUUAGAAAAUAUUCCAAUAUUCGAGGAAAGCUCAGAGCCCAGCAACGUUUAAUCAAGAAUGAGAAAAUGGAACGCCCAGACGGUCUGGCUGUGGAAAGUAAAACAAGUCGUAAGAGCGUAUGCAUCAAUCCUCUGAUGUCCCCCAAGCUUGCCCUGCAAGUAGAUGCAGAUGGGUUUCCUGUUAAGCCCAAGAGUACUGAAGGAAUGAAGGGAAGGAAAGGGAAGCAGGUGCCUGAAAUCUUGCCUAAAGCAGAAGUUCGGAGUAAACGCAAGAGAACAGAAGGCAGCAGCCCUCCUGAUAGUAAGAACAAGGGGCCUGCGGUGAAAGCCAGCAAAGAAAAGCAUGCUGAUGGAUCCACCAAAACCCCUGCCGCCAAGAGGCCAGCUGCAAGGGACAGAAGCAGCCAACUCCCGAAAAAGAUGUCUUUGAAAGAGAAUAAAGGGAAGAUCCCUAAAAAGUCCCCUGGGAAGAGCUGCCCUCCCUCCAGGAAAGAAAAGGAGAAUACAAACAAAAGGCCUAUUGCCUCGGAAACACUGACAAAACCUGUAAAACAGAAGGGGGCAGGUGAAUCCUCUUCAAGGCCCCAGAAGGCCACGAAUAGGAAGCAGAGUAGUGGAAAGACUCGGGCCAGACCCCUGACGAAAACCCCAGAGAGCAGUGCAGCUCAGAGAAAGCGAAAGCUGAAGGCAAAGCUGGACUCUUCGCACAGCAAACGGAGGCGGCUGGAUGCAAAGUGAUUGGAAAAUGGUAACCAAGAAUAAAACUGUUCUAUAGAAGUAACCUUUUAUUUUGCAUUAACUAAAUCUGCUUUUAUAAGCUUAUCAAGCCUUUCAAAUUUACAGUUAAUGGAGAACAGCGUAAUUUGAGAUGUCAGAAAAUGCAUCUCAGAUGGAGAAGGGAACUUGCAGAGUCCUUCUCUGAGGCUAAGGGAAGUUAUAUAUUAUAUUCUGGUUGUUCCUUGGGUUUUAAACUUGGAACCAAGCAGUUUUUGUUUUUAAAAGUACAGUGCCUUAUUUAUCCUUUUUGUUUUUAAAUUUACAAAAGCUAAAAAGCUGAUCUAUGUGAUUAAAGGCUUGUAUUUUAUACUUGAUGCACAAGCACUUGUACUGUAGCCGAGAAGACCACCAUCAUGCACAUCAAAGGAGCUUUUCAGCAGCCACCCUGCAGCGUCUGCCCACCAACAGAUACCCCUCUUUGCAAACCCCAGCAGUGAACUUCCCUCUCUGUCUUGUUUGUUUAGAUGAUAUUUGAAAGCUAAACCAAAUCAUUUUUAUGGUAUGCAGAGGAUUUAUAAUUAUUAUAAAAGAUUACUAUUUCUGUUACCCCCUUUUUAAAAAGAUCACAUUAAUUGUUGUUUCCUCCUCUCACCUUUGAUGUUUUGUCAUUUGAGAGCAUGUGUAUGUCACAAGUGUUAAUUUUUGUUGAUAACUUCUAAAAAAUCAUUUGCAUCCCCAAACUGCAUUACUGAUUCUCACCAUCUUCAUUUCUGGCCUUGCUAGCACUCCUGCUGCCAAGAGGCCAGCUGCAAGGGUCUUGUUAGAAGACUGAAUUCUUAGAAUAUAGAUUAUUAGACGGACAAGGGAACUUGCAGAGUCUUUCUCUGAGGCUAAGGAAAGUUGUUUAUUAUAUAUACUUUGGGAGUAUAUAUAAUAUAUAACUUUGGGAGGAAAAAGUCCAGGAUUUUUUUUUUUUUAUCUUGUAGCUGUAAUUUGAUGAUUAGGAUGAAAAUGACUGUUCUUAUUUUCUUUCUUGCCCAGAGUAUUUCCAUAUUCAAAGAAAGCCGAAAUAUUUGCAGUAAUAGAAAGGUUUAAGAGUGUGUAUGUCCAUGUGUGCUUGGGUGCAUUUACAUGUGGUUAUCAGCCACAAAUGUCUCCAAAUCCCGGUUUUACAGUAAAAUUUUUUCUUCCCCAUGCAGUGUUUGGGUGUCCCUGAGUUGAGUAAUUAGCAAAGAACAGGUGGUUUAAAGGUAGCCCAGUAUCUCUGUGAGCAUCUCUAAUACCACUAUAGUACCAGACCCAGAUCUAAAACAGUCGGAGUUAUGUAAAGGUUAGAGUAGCCUUGCAGUGAGAGGAAGCAGCUCCAACAUCUGUGGGGAGUCCCCACAUCCCCUACACCCAGAGCUGAUGUGCAGCUGUGGGCUCCAGUGUGAAUGUAGUUGUUGGAGUAGAUGUUCAUUCUGAUUGAUUAAUGCCAUCCUAGUAGUUAAAUGCUUGUAGUAUCACUCCUGCCAUAUCAUGUCAUGCUCUGUUCCAUGUCUCAGAAGUGAGAACUACAAUAUUUUCACUGACUUUUUGUGCUUUUCCCAGGUGAAGCCUGAGACAGGUGCAUUGGCUUUAGCCUAGUGCUUAUGACCUUGCUCCAUUAUAGCGAAGUGUGUACUUGACUUUUCCAUUGGGCUGCUCUACAAAAAAAGGCUUGGCUGCUGAAGCCCCAACCAGCUUGUUUAACCUGUUCUGUCACCAAAAUCAGCUUGUAUGGACAGCUGUGGCCCUGUCCAUUUCAUUUAAACAUUUUCCAUUUAGGUUGUUUCAGAUCUCUUUAGAUAAGCCCAGAUGGACUUUUUUCAUGCGAAUCAUGAUAAUACAGGCCUUCUACCCAUUCUGUUAAAGGUUUGCUGUAUAUCAUGGAAACUUCUGAUGAUUGGAUAAGACUGGAGAAAAGCAUUUGAUUUAUGAGAAAUUUAGAAUUGUGUUGAAUUUCAUAGCUAGAGAAGCUUGCUAUUUUAUGAAGCCCUGAUUUGUUUUAAUGUCUUCUCUGUCUGAUGAGUCUUUUGUUUUUCUUUUUAUUAUCUUUGACUCUGGCCAUUCAAGAGCUACCUAUAUUAAUAAAACUGCUGAGUGUGUAUAUUGGCAACCCUUUCUCAGCAUUAAGUUGCACAGAAGCAUUAAUAUGUUUUGAAUAGGUUCAUUUAAUCUUAAAAAAUGGUUUUAAGGUUUUAAGAAUAUCUUUUCAUAUAGUUGUCACUGGAUAUUGUUUUUGUGGUGACUUAAACAGCUGAUGUUUGCCAAUGGCAGGCAUGCUGAUUCCUGUACAUUAGAGGUGCCCCCUUGGCUGCAUACAGACUACCUUGUAAGGUGCUUGGAUUAGGUUAGGGAGAGGAGUAAGGUAGCAAGCGGGUGGAACUUUUCCAGUUCCAAGUGUGUAACUCAUUCCAUUCCUUUUCUAAGUUAUUUUUCAUUUUUAAAAGCUCACUUAAUAGCCUUCUUUCCCAUUCUAGGCUGUGUGUAAGAAAAGGUGUUAAUGUAUAUCUAUGUAUCUUACAUACCUAACAAUGCAAUGGAUCAUCUUUAAAAUCAACUUAUACUUUAUAAUAAGGACAUUUAAAUAGACCGAGAGUCUACAUAAUUAUAACACUUGAAAGUUUAGAAUUUUUUAUAUUUGUUGAAUCUCAUUUUUGCUGAUUCAGCUAGUUUUGUUUUAGAAAAAAGAAAACAGCAAAACUUGAGGGCCAAUCCCAAAAGGCCGUUUGAUACCUACAGCAGGUACUGGCAAAGCAGUUUCCUAGACAUCUCCAAGCUCAGGUUGGGUAUUGAGUCAAGUUGGUUAGUUUUCCCUCCCUUGCAGAAAUCUUCCUAGAGCCAUCUUCAAGAAUGGCCCACCACCAGAUGCAAAAGCAGUCUAUCCCACAUUCUGAUUCCAAAUCAGAAAGGAAUUCUGCUCCUGGGUGUACACUUGGUGAAGUGACCAUCCCAGUCUUGGGGCUGAAGUUGAUGACCAGAGGAUUAUGGUAUUCUCUGAGUUUCUGGAGAUGCUGGUAGAUGCCUGGGAAGUAAUCACUGAAGCUCUGCCAUAGCUCCCCAAGAGGAGGGCCCUCUUCAGAACACCCAUCUUCUAUCCUAUGAGGCUCCCUCUGUAGGUGGACACCCAGGAAACCGCUCCCUCACUUAGGGUCUCCAGCUAGCACUUCCUCCGACAGGUAGCUAUCUUGGAGUACAGCAGGAAGGUUGCAAACCUGUGUUCUGCUCCUGGGGCUUCCUUCAUAGGAAUGCUAUUAGUGUCUAAGUCAGUAGCUGCUGGCCCCUUGGAUUCCUUAGUGAAGACUUCUCUGCAGGCUGUGAGUCUCCUGCGUGUAUUGUUCCUAAAAUAGUAUGGAUAGAAGAGGUACCCUUAGUCAUCCCUUUACAUAUUUGGUGCUUUCUAAUGGGAUCCUCUAUGCGUCACAUACUAUGCAGGUGAAUUUCUCAUUGUUCAGUUAGGUCAUCAGUAAAAGGCAUCACUUCAAGAUAGUUACUUUGAAUUAAGGUUUGGCCUCUUUUCCUGCUUUGUGAUGGGUUCUGUGGUGAGGGUUGGAGCUGUCAUUCACAUUUAUGGACAGCAUUCCUGUUGAUUAGUGGACCUAAGUGCCAAGUAGGAAAACAUAGCAUGCUAUGCAAUGCAAGCUGGAGAUGCUGUAAUGUUAACCAUCAGCAGGUUCUGUGUCUUGUCACAACACUUAGGACUGGGCUGGAAUAUCCCAAGGUGCUGGCCAGUAGCCCAGAGAGCCAUCCCCGUUCCUUUUGGUUUUAGGUCAGCCUGUGCAGGCUGCCUUUUGGAUUCCAGAUGAUCUAUCAAGGGUCUGCAAACUGUGGGCUGGUCACUUGUUUGUGUAAGCAGAAUGUGUUUGGAAUAUAGCUACACCCAUUUUCUUAUGUCUGUGGCUGCUUUCGCACUGCAAGAGUAGAGUUGAGUAGCUGCAGCAGAGACCCUUGUGGCCCUCACAGCCUAAGAUACUUACUGUCUGGACCUUCAGAAAACAUCUGAUCCCUGCUUGAGAAAGUCAUCCUUUUUCAGGAACAAAUAUUCUCUGAUUUUCCUUCUUUCUUCUGCCCCUUUCUCUCUGUUCUUCUGUAUUUGCCAUUUUCCUUGUCUCAAUUAUGUUUUUUUCUUUUACACCUCUUUAUUCUUGCUGCAAAGGAGACAUGUUAUAUCGACACACACUACCACCCUCUUAAACUUGAGUAAACUUAGCAUUCCAUCUUUCUUAAAAUCAACCAUCACAGUAGCCAAAACAAGGCCACCUUACCCUAUAGAGUCUGAACCCAUGGGCAAAUAGGGAUUCGGAGUUCUAAAAUUACAUGUCCUGGGCCUCUCACUCACACAGAACUGAUACUGGCUUUAUUUAUUGUUUAGUAAAGUAAGCCAAGAUUUUGUUGCUGGUAAAAUUAGUUGAGACUACUUUAGUUGGACUUUUAGUGCUUUGAAUGUCACAUUUAGAUGCGUAAAACGUUUCUCACACAAGUAGAAACCAAGUCUGAUCACAAACCCAAAGCAUUAUUUUUCUUUUUUUUAUUUUUUAUUUUUUAAAGCAUUGUUUUUCUAAUAUUUUGGUCAGCUUUUAGAAAAAUAAAGAGUUGGCACUGAUACCUUUUUAGUCACAUACUUUCAAAAUAAUUUUAUUAAAGGUAACCCAACAAAACAUAGAGGCUUUUGGAGUGCUUUAAUAAUGAUUUUAAAAAUUGGAGUUAUAACCAGAGUAUGACUGAAAAGCUAUUAUAGUCUUCCUCCUGCUCCAAAAACUCAAGGAUAAGUUAUAUGUAAUCUUUUUUUGUUUGUUUUAAGUAGAGACAAGGUUAUGCUAUGUUGCCCAGGCUGAUCUCAAACUCCUGGCCUCAAGCUGCGCUCCCACCUCAGCUUCCCAAAGUGCUGGGAUUAUGGGUGUGAGCCACCGCACCAACACAAAUAUAAGUUUCUGUGCCGUUGUUUUUAAAUGUGGUUGAAUGUCCUGUCAGUGAAAAACUUUUGUCAGUGGCCCCAAAUUAGUGAUUGUUUUAGUUGUCUUGAAACUGAAAAUUAUUAUUUUUAAUUCUUAGUGUUACUUUGAUGUCUUAUGACUUGAUAUCCACUGAAAUACUGGAUAUUUUUUUUAAGUAUGAAAUCACAUCUGUGUAAGGCAGUCUUCAUAUCCUAGCAGUAAGUGCUCUUCCCCAUACUUGCUCUCAAAUUCUUUUCAGGGGAAAAUGAAAAGAUUAUUGUAUUUGAAAGAAGCAGAAUUGUGGGAAGCUGCCUUUUUAUUUUUUUUAUUUAGACACCCAGGCUGGAGUGUAGUGGGCAUAUGAUCAUAUAGCUUAAAAGUGCAGUUUUUUACGGUUGUCUUCCCAGACUCAAAGAGAUUUUCACACCUCAGCCUCCUGAGUAUCUGGGACUACAGGCACAUGCCACUACACCCAGCUUUUUUUUUUUUUUUUUUUUUUUUUAAGUUUUAGCAGAGAUAAGGUCUCGCUGUGUUGCCCAGACUGGGAAGUCUUUUGAGGCAGCCUUCAAUAUAAUUCAUCCCUUGGAACAUCAGAACUGAGUCCUGUAUUCUACAAUGGAUGGAUUAGAAGACUUGAGGGUCUAGCCUCUUUCCUUUGUAGAUAAUCAGACUUGGGCAGAAACCCAGAGUUCUCAGGACUUUGCUGUAUUGUGUUGUACUGUGCCGUGCCAUGCCAUCCUGGGGCCCGGGAAAUCACCCUGAGCACUUGUGGAGUGUGUCCUUGCUCAGGCUUUUGCCUUGGGAUUGAACCGAAGCUGGUCAGUUCCUUCCACUUCCCUCCUCUCUGUCUGAUCUUCCUUUUCCCAAAGCUUCAGUGCUUGAUGCUCAGUGCUCAGGUGAUGCCCUUUGCUCCAUCCUUCAGAGGGGCAACGUGUGGUUAUGCUGCCAGGUGAGCACAAACUCAGAAACUUUCUCCCCUAGCUGGGACCAUCCCACAUGGGGUGCUCAGUAUACAUGUCUCAUGAAAGCAGAGACUGUCCAUUAAAAAA